AUGAAUCUCAUCUCACCAUAGACUGCGAGCGACAAGCAAGAGAGUGAGUGAAGUGUACGGAAGUAUUUGCCUUGCUAUUCCCAUGAAUUAAGAGCCUCAGAUCCUCCAAAAUGAGUAAAUCAAGAACCUUGAAGAAAGAGAAAAUAAGUGUGGCAAGCGAGAUUGACCGCAUCGAAGAGCGCAAAUUACACUGUAAAAACAACCUGGAGAGGGCAGAAUUCAGACAAAGAAAAGAGCAACUCUCAGACAACGACAGGCUGGCCCUGGAAGAUGAGAUGACCAUAUUGAAUGAAAGAAUACAGAAAUACGAAAAGGAGCUGCAGGUGCUGAGAGGAGAGAACAGGAAGAACAUGAUGAUGUCCGUCGCUCUGUUAGCCAUCAGUGCUCUUUUCUACUACACAUUUAUUUAUUAAGAAGUAUUUUCUGUCAUGCCAAACGCUGUCUGAGAAUGAGAUUUGGGGACGCUGAUGUUUUUUCAUCAUUUGGCAACACUGGUUUGCUCAGAGGUUGUGGAUUUGUCAGUGUCGUUUUUGCCAUAAAUACCUUAUGCCAUCAUCAUCUUGGCCUCGACAUCCUGGAUUGCCUCAACUCUAUAUUUUGUUUGCCGUGUGAAAACAAAGAGACAUUAGAUGCUUGUGCAUCAGAGAAAGACACGGAAUUGAGACACGUUUAUAUGAUACUCAUUGUCAAACACUUUACCCAAUAAUGACUAAAUGAUGUUUCUCUCCAGAUCACUGUUUAUUGCAUUAUAACAGGACUAACAUGCACAAAGGUGGGAGGGGCAGAGGGUGUUAUUCCAUCCAAAAAUAAAAUUUAUCAACAAAAUGUUCAGUUGAAAUAAAAAACAGCCAUCAAUAAAAUGCAAUACUGUCCCAUUAAACUGCCGUUCAUCCCUUUGAUAUCCUUGAUACUUGUAGCAAAUAGUAUUGGUAAUACACUCACUUGCAAUACAACAAAACACUAGGCAGCCAGGUAUAUUUAGUCCUAUUUUAAAUAAACAGUUCAUUGAAAAAAAUUAAAUUUGCUCACUCAACCUCAGGACUUCCAGUAUGUCAACGAGUUUGUUUCUUCAUCAGGACAGAUUUGGUAAAAUGUAACAUUACAUCACUUGC